AUGUCGUGGGAGCUCUCUCGCCGUCGCAUCGUCCGAGCUGUCAACAGCAAAUAUCUCUACGGACGUCUUCCACUGCUCCACGCAGUCAUCGCCUUGAUCGAAAUGGCGCUCGUCGCCAGGUUGGUCUCCAAGUUCAACCAAUACUACGAUGAACGGCCACUCCUCACCAUGAUGGUGACUAACGCCAUCCUCGGAGGUAUCGCCGACACGACGGCCCAGACCAUCACCGCCCUCCGUCUCAAGGCCAUCCGCAAGCCCGGCGGCCUCAACAAGGACGACGGCGUCGCCAUCGAGAUCCACGACCUCGACCGCAAGAACCCCUUCUACGAGAAGGACCUCAUCCCGGACGCCAGGCACCUGCCCCCGCCCUUUGACUUUGAGCGCCUCACCCGCUUCAUGGCCUAUGGUUUCGCCAUGGCGCCCCUGCAGUUCCGCUGGUUCAAGUUCUUGUCGAGCACCUUCCCCAUCACCAAAACGAGCGCCUUCGUGCCUGCCAUGAAGCGCGUCACCUUCGACCAGCUCAUUUUCGCGCCCUUUGGCCUGCUUUGCUUCUUUUCCGUCAUGACCGUCGCCGAGGGUGGCGGCCGUCGCGCUGUGAUGCACAAGCUGCGCGACAUGUAUGUCCCCACGCUCAAGGCCAACUUCCUUGUCUGGCCCGCCGUGCAGGUCAUCAACUUCCGCCUGAUGCCCGUCCAGUUCCAGCUGCCAUUCGUCUCCACGAUCGGCAUCGCCUGGACGGCCUACCUCUCGUUGGCCAACGCCUCGGAAGAGGUUGACACCCGUCCCGCCCGCGAGGACGCCCACAUUCGCCUCAGCUAA